GAAGAACAUUUGUACUUCUCAUCUUCAGACAUUUACCAUCUUCCCUCUCUCUCAUCAUCUAAUGCACUCAGCUAUAAGAAAUAAAAUCAAGUGCAUGUUAGAUUCCAUCUCCAUCUUCCAAAGCUCUUCCCAUUCUCCUCCCUCAUCAUGGCAUCAUCUCCACUAUCCAUCAAAGGCAUCUUGAUCUUGUCCUUCAUUUUCAGCUUUCUGUGGCCUUUGAUGGCCCAACUCCAAGUGGGUUUCUACUCCUCAAUAUGCCCUGAUGCUGAGUCCAUUGUCAGCUCUGUUGUUAGAGAAUCUGUUCUUGACGACCCCACCAUGGCUGCAGCUUUGCUUAGGCUCCAUUACCAUGAUUGCUUUGUUCAAGGCUGCGAUGGAUCGAUACUCAUAGACAAGCCGAAUGCAGAGAGACUAGCAUUCAAUCAUGCUGGAGUGCGCGGAUUCGAUGUGAUUGAGAGAGCAAAAGCCCAGUUGGAAGACGCUUGCCAGGGUGUUGUUUCUUGUGCAGAUAUUGUAGCCUUGGCCGCUCGAGAAUCUAUUGCUUUGAGCAAUGGGCCGAGUUAUGAAGUUCCAACGGGUAGGAGAGACGGCCGAAAUUCUAAUAUUUCCGAUGCCGACAACAUGCCAGAAAUCGAAGACACUGUUCAACAGCUCAGAGAUAAGUUCAUGGAGAAAGGUCUCUCAGGGAAAGACCUAGUCCUUCUCACCGCGGCACAUACCAUUGGGACCACUGCAUGCUUCUUCCUCGAGAGACGGCUCUACGAUUUCCUCCCUGGCGGAGGAUCCGAUCCAUCGAUAAAUCCCGAAUUCCUGCCGGAACUUCAAUCCAAGUGCCCACAAAACGGCGACGUUAAUGUUCGACUAGGCCUCGAUCAUGGAAGCGAUCUAACAUUCGACACCCAAAUCCUACACAACAUCAAAGACGGGUUCGGUGUGCUAGAAUCCGACGCUAAGCUGUAUGACGAUGAAUCUACGAAGCGGGUGAUCGAUUCUUAUUUUGGAUUCAUGAGUUCUAUCUUCGGGCCUUUUUUUGAGGGGGAUUUCGUCGAUUCGAUUGUCAAGAUGGGCCAGAUCGGGGCGAAAACAGGUGCGGAUGGAGAAAUCAGGCGAGUUUGUUCGGCUUUUAAUUGAAUAAAAAUGUUUUAUUUGCUUAAGCUAGUUAAUGGUGUGAGUGAAAGAGACAUUUUAUGUGAAAACCGUUAACAUGGGAUACAUGAGCCUGGCAUGCUUGAAACUAUACCAUGUUAGAAUCGUUGGUGUCACAGCAAUGGCAUUGGCUUAUGAGACUUUUUUCA